AAAAUUAUAUAUUUUUAGGGACCGACCUAUGACAGAGUUAAAAAUCCACAUUCUCUCCGCACUCACGCAGCCGUCUCUCUCCCGCUCAAUCAAUUCCGAAAUCAUCCACAAUCAAAUUCACUAACAUGUCAGAAGAUAAUGCUAAUGUACACGAACUCGAGGCAAUGCCUGAGAACCCACUUCCAGUUGAAGCUCAAUUUCCCAAUAACGAAAAUGAACAAGAACACGGUGAUGAUGCACUAAAGACUCAAGAAAACGAAGAAGAAGAACAAGGUGGCGCUGUGGUGGAGGAAGACGGUGGUGCUGCCGCUGCUGCUGCUUCUGCCGAAGGUCUUGUGGAACAGAAAUGGCCCGGGUGGCCUGGAGAGAAUGUUUACAGGAUGUUGGUUCCCGUGCAAAAAGUCGGUGGCAUUAUUGGCCGUAAGGGAGAGUACAUAAAGAAAACUUGUGAAGAAACACGCGCUCGCAUUAAAAUUCUUGAUGGUCCUCCUGGUACUAAUGAAAGAGCUGUGUUGAUAUCCGCUAAGGAAGAACCGGAUGUUCCUAUUCCUCCUGCGAUGGAUGGUUUGCUGAAGGUUCAUCAACGGGUCCUUGAUGCUGACAAGGAUUCUGCUCAUGCCCCACCUGGAGGCCCCACCUCCAUUUGUACAAGGCUACUGGUGGCAGGUGCACAAGGUGGAAGCUUGAUAGGGAAGCAGGGUGCCACCAUAAAGACCAUUCAAGAUUCUUCAAAUUGUAAAAUCAGGGUUAUAGGAGAAACUCUCCCAAUUUUUGCUCUACCCGAUGAUAACGUUGUUGAGAUACAAGGGGAUCCUACAGGUGUGCACACGGCUUUGGAACUGAUCGCAACUCAUCUAAGAAAGUUUUUAGUUGAUCGAAGUGUUAUUAGUAUAUUUGAGAUGCAAAUGAAAAUGCCAAAUUCUCGUUCGAAUCAGGAUAUGCCACCUCCCCAACCUUGGGGGGCUCCAUCACCUCAAGGUUUCCCGGGUGGUGGGCCUGGUUUCGGACCCGGUUUCGGACCCAAUCAGUUUAUGCCACCUCAGCACCAAUACGACAGCUUCUAUCCACGAGUAGACUUACCUCCACCAAUGGAGAAACCGCCUCGUCAGGGUCCACCUUACGGCAGGGAUCCAACUACAGGACCUCCUCACACUUCAACUGUGCAACCACAACAGUCAAUGGUCACAAAGGUCUCACAGAACAUGCAAAUCCCUCUUUCCUAUGCCGACGCUGUCAUUGGUACCUCGGGGACUAACAUUAGCUAUAUCAGACGGGCCAGUGGUGCAACCAUUGCAAUUCAAGAAACAAGGGGCGUUCCUGAUGAAAUGACUGUUGAGAUUAACGGGUCCGCUUCACAAGUUCAGACAGCUCAACAAUUGAUUCAGAAUUUUGUUGCUGAAGCUGCAACUGCCGCUCAGAAUUCUACUGCCCAGCCGCCUACUCAAGGAGGUUAUAAUGCUCCUUAUCCUGGUGGUUACCAAUCUCAACCGCCGCCUACUGCUGACUAUGGUGGAGCUGUGUAUGGAGGGAAUUAUGGGUAUUGAAGUAUGUUUUGACUUGGAUGCCCUUGUGCAAUUUUCUUUAUGAAUGGAUGUAACAAGGGUGAUGUUGUAACUCACGAGAAACAGUUAGCUUUUUUGUUAUUGAUCUGCUUAAAAUUGUGUCUUGAAUAAUUUUGAGGCAUGCUGAAAAUGACAAUCUUUUUCUAAACAUCAAGUUAAACCUAAUGUUAGCUCAA